GGGAGCAGUGAGGAAAGCAGAGGGAGUAGAAGAGAGUAAAGGGCUGUUGUUAAACAGUUUCUUACCGUAAGAGGGAGUUCAGACCUAGAUCUUUCCAGUUAAUCACACAACAAACUUAGCUCAUCGCAGUAAAAAGCAGCUCAGAGCCGACUGGCUCUUAGAGGCACUGAGUCGUAACAGGAUUCUUUCACCCAGGCAUCUCCCGCAGUGAGAUCCUCUAGCACGUCCAGCAGCACCAUGUGGGUGACCAAACUUCUGCCAGUCCUGCUGCUGCAGCAUGUCCUUCUGCAUCUCCUUCUGCUUCCCAUCGCCAUACCCUAUGCAGGACAGAAGAAAAGAAGAAACACACUUCAUGAAUUCAAAAAGUCAGCAAAGACUACUCUAAUUAAAGAAGACCCAUUACUGAAGAUAAAGACAAAAAAAAUGAACAGUGCAGACCAAUGUGCCAAUAGAUGUAUUAGGAAUAAAGGACUUCCAUUCACUUGCAAGGCCUUUGUUUUUGAUAAAGCAAGAAAACGAUGCCUCUGGUUCCCUUUCAAUAGUAUGUCAAGUGGAGUGAGAAAAGAGUUUGGCCAUGAAUUCGACCUCUAUGAAAACAAAGACUACAUUAGAAACUGCAUCAUUGGUAAAGGAGGUAGCUACAAGGGAACGGUGUCUAUCACUAAGAGUGGCAUCAAAUGCCAGCCCUGGAAUUCCAUGAUACCACAUGAGCACAGCUUUUUGCCUUCGAGCUAUCGGGGUAAAGACCUACAGGAAAACUACUGUCGAAACCCUCGAGGGGAAGAAGGGGGACCUUGGUGUUUCACAAGCAAUCCAGAGGUACGCUACGAAGUCUGUGACAUUCCUCAGUGUUCAGAAGUUGAAUGCAUGACCUGCAAUGGGGAAAGUUAUCGUGGUCCCAUGGAUCAUACAGAAUCAGGCAAGAUUUGUCAGCGCUGGGAUCAUCAGACACCACACCGGCACAAAUUCUUGCCAGAAAGAUAUCCUGACAAGGGCUUUGAUGAUAAUUAUUGCCGCAAUCCUGAUGGCAAGCCGAGGCCAUGGUGCUAUACUCUUGACCCUGACACCCCCUGGGAGUACUGUGCAAUUAAAGUGUGCGCUCACAGUACUAUGAAUGACACAGAUAUCCCUAUGGAAACAACUGAAUGCAUUCAAGGUCAAGGAGAAGGUUACCGGGGCACCAUCAAUACCAUUUGGAAUGGAAUUCCAUGUCAGCGUUGGGAUUCCCAGUAUCCUCAUCAGCAUGAUAUAACUCCUGAAAAUUUCAAAUGCAAGGAUCUAAGAGAAAAUUAUUGCCGAAAUCCAGAUGGGGCUGAGUCACCCUGGUGUUUUACCGCUGAUCCAAACAUCCGAGUUGGCUACUGCUCCCAAAUUCCAAAAUGUGACGUGUCAAGUGGACAAGACUGUUAUCGUGGGAAUGGCAAAAAUUACAUGGGCAAUUUAUCCAAAACACGAUCGGGACUAACAUGUUCAAUGUGGGACAAGAACAUGGAGGACUUACACAGACAAAAUGAGCAUCUUGUGAUGUUCAGAGUUUGUUGCUUCUGCAGGCACAUCUUCUGGGAACCAGACGCUAGUAAGCUGAAUAAGAAUUACUGCCGGAAUCCUGAUGAUGAUGCUCAUGGUCCCUGGUGUUACACAGGGCAUCCUCUCAUUCCUUGGGAUUAUUGCCCUAUUUCUCGUUGUGAAGGUGAUACCACACCUACAAUAGUCAAUUUAGACCAUCCUGUAAUAUCUUGCGCCAAAACAAAACAAUUGCGAGUUGUAAAUGGAAUUCCAACACGAACAAAUGUGGGAUGGAUGGUUAGUUUGAAAUACAGAAAUAAACAUAUCUGCGGAGGAUCAUUGAUAAAGGAAAGUUGGAUUCUUACUGCAAGACAAUGUUUCCCUGCUCGAAACAAAGACUUGAAAGAUUAUGAAGCUUGGCUUGGGAUUCAUGAUGUCCAUGGAAGAGGAGAUGAGAAACGCAAACAGGUUCUAAAUGUUUCCCAGCUGGUAUAUGGGCCUGAAGGAUCAGAUCUGGUAUUACUGAAGCUUACUAGGCCUGCUGUCUUGGAUGAUUUUGUUAGUACAAUUGAUUUACCUAAUUAUGGAUGCACGAUUCCUGAAAAAACCACUUGCAGUGUUUAUGGCUGGGGCUACACUGGAUUGAUCAACUCUGAUGGUCUGUUACGAGUAGCACAUCUCUAUAUUAUGGGGAAUGAGAAGUGCAGCCAAUAUCAUCAAGGGAAGGUGACUUUGAAUGAGUCUGAAAUAUGUGCUGGGGCUGAAAAUAUUGUAUCAGGACCAUGCGAGGGGGAUUAUGGUGGCCCACUUGUUUGUGAACAACAUAAAAUGAGAAUGGUUCUUGGUGUCAUUGUUCCUGGUCGUGGAUGUGCCAUUCCAAAUCGUCCUGGUAUUUUUGUCCGAGUAGCAUAUUAUGCAAAAUGGAUACACAAAAUUAUAUUAACAUAUAAGGUACCACAGUUGUAGCUGAUGUAACCAUGUCAGAAGCUUCCAUCAAUACAACUUUCUUUUACAUGAAGAUUUUGCAGAACAUGGAAUUAAAAUGUCACUUAAUCCUAAGACAACUACUUGAGUGUCAUGUUUGUUAAGAUACUCAUUAAUAUUUAUGGGUGUUUUCUGUUGUUUUGUUUGUCAGUGUUAUUUUGUAAAUGUUGAAGUGAAUUAAGGUACAUGCAAGUGCAGUAACAUAUCUCCUGAAGAUACUUGAAUGGAUUAAAAAAUGCAAAGGUGUAAUUGCUAGAUGAUGAAAGAUUUAAUGGAAAAGAUCAAUUAAUCUCUCUAUGCUGCUUUCCAAGGUUAGUUUUUUAAUAGUGAAUAAAUCAUAAGUUAAACGUUAUUUUAACCUCACAGAAACAAUUUAUACCUGUGUCCUUAAAUUGUAACUCUCUAUCAAAUUAUAUUACCUCUCAUAUGCCGUACCUUAUAUUUCGUUCAUUUCUCCUUAUUGUGUAUCCUAUAAUACUAGUACAUGUAACUUUUUUCGAAAUCAUGUACCCAUAUGCACAUGCCUGGUACACGUGUACUUGCACUAGAGUUCAAAUUGUGGUGUAUCUAAUGUUACCCCUAAAUAAUCUGAAGAUGAGUACCUAUAGUUUUUCCUUAAGAAAAAAAUAGAAAUAUUAAGAAAAAGUGCACAGUAGAAGUGACUAGCUCAUCCUCCCUACAUAAUUUGCAGAUGACCUUUACUGGUUGGCACUGAAGGUGUGGCCAUGACCCACAAAGUUAAAUAAAAACCUAAUUUAGAUGUUUACAUAUAUUUAUCAACCUAGUUAUUUUGUGUAGUUUCUAAUUCUUAAAGGGAAGAGGGUGAUAUGUGUAUUAGUAUUAUUUCUUCCCUCCAAAUUUAGGGCCACUUAUUUAUGCAAGAUAUUUUUAGAUCUAUUUCCCUAAAGAAUUUUUUAAGUUCUUAGAUAACUGUUCCAAGUGAAGUUUUAAAAUGUUUCGGUAUUUAAAAUUUUUUAAGAAUGUUAACAGUAAGGCUUGCUGCUGUGAUUGGCUUGGAGUUCACCCUCUUUAAAUUUUUUUAUAUAUAAGAAGAAAAUUUCCAUUUGUCUCCAAAGAUUUCUAAGUAGCCCUUCAGUAAAUUAUGCAUUAAAGUAUAUAUUGGAGAAAAAAAUCAAAAUACUUUUCUCACCCAGGAAGUCUUUUAGCUUAAUAAAACUUUACUCCAGUAAAAGAAGAAACAAAUGUAAAACAGGAAAGGAAAGGAACUAGCUUUUGUAAACUCUGUAUUCAAUUAUUUUUUAAAGUAAAGUUGAAUCUGCUGAAUGAGAUAUUUUAUCAAGAUAUCUUCAUUUUACCUUACUUUCUUUACAUAGAUCUUUUCUAAUGCCACGGGAGAUAUUCAUUCAAAUUUCAUGUUUUGUAUGAUAAUAGCAAAUUACCAUACUUAUUAUUGUAUUUGUCAUGAUUAGCUGAAGAUCAUGCAUUUGUCAAGGAAUGAAAUAACAGAGUAAUAGGAUAGGCUCUGAAUUUUCACAAAAUCUUCCUGUAUAAAAGAUCUUUAAAAAUAAUUAUUUGAAUGAUUCAAAUCCAAUAUUCUUUCUCUUAUGUGUUUCUCUUGAGUGAUCUCUAUUAAGGCCAGGGAUAAAGACGAUGCUCUGAAAGCUCUAUAGGACACUAUUCAAUCUUGAGUAGAGUGGUUUUAAGUUUAUCCAAGAGCUUAGUUCAAGAGUCUAGGGCAGCAAAUCCAGAGAUGCUUAUCCAAUUUGUGCCACAUUUUUUUGUAAUAAGAUAUGUGCUGGUAUUAAGAAACAAUGAAAACAGAGAUCCAACGAGUUGCCAGUCCACACCAUCUUAUCUGAUUAUAUUCCUCUUUCCCUUAUCAGUAUACCAUUUUAAUAAAAACACACAUAAAUUUCAAAGGCAUAUUACCCAAAUAUUAAAGUAUUUUUCAGUUUCUUCUUGCCAGCAAAAUUUUAUUGUCACAUAUUAAUGAUAUUUGUAAAAAUUUAUAAAAUUGUAACAUUUUUAAAUAGUCACAUUUUAAAAUACUUUGUUCAUGUCUUUUCCUCUAAAUUUCCAUGGAAAGAGAGAUAGGGAUUACCUAGAUACAAGAUGCAGCUAACUUCUCAGACAUUUUGAACUCAAUGUUUUCCGCUUUAUUAAAGAGUAAAAACAAGACCACCAAUAAACCGUCAUAGUUGGUGUACAAAGCAUUUCUUUCUUUGGGAAGUUUCCUUUGUAAUAGAAGGAGACCGGUGGAAUCGACAAUGAAAGCAAGAUGAACAAGAUCCAUGUUACCUUAGGUGGUAAGACAGGAUAUAAUCAUGCAUUUUUCUCUGGUAGAAGAUACUAUUUCCUGGGCAUUCUUUUCUUAAUAAACUACAAAAGUGAAAAAUCCAAAUAUCCAAAAAUCCGUUUCAUUUUGAGUGAUGGACAAAAGGAUCUUUUAAAUUAGAAGUUUUCAAUGCUAUUUUUUUUUUUUUUUGGCUGUUUGAAUAAUGGCUAUAUGCUGUUAUAACUGUGGACAUUUUCUUAUGUCUACCAGGAAUAGUAAUGUAAAAUUAAAAUAUUUGUCAUAAUGCCUCUGCCGUGCAGAAAGGAUGAUAUUCCUUUUGUAUACUGCUUUAAUUUUAUUGUAAAAUAUAUAAUGACUUUUACCUAUUUGCUGUGGGCAGGUCCUCAGUGAAAUAGUUUAUACUGAGUCAAUCUCUAGUAUUAACAGGCUCUUGCUUGCUAUCUAAGUGUUUCAAACUAUGACAAAUGUGAGACACUGAAAAGCAAGAAAAAUAACAAUAAUGGCAUGUGAUAGCAAAACUGUAUUUCACUUAUUCCUGUGAAUAGUUCUUGUUGGUACCAAUGGUACUGUACAAAGUGAAUCUUAUAGCCACAACAUUCUCUUGGGAAAAAAACACUGUCAAGAAGUGAGAAAUUGCUGUCAGGCAUUUUCUUGUUGCUUCUAAAUAUUUUUUUAAAAAAGAAAUACUGGUAUUGCAAUAUAGAGAUCAUAAGGUAUAGAAUUUUAAUAAACUCUCACACUAAAAAGUUUUAAACUGAUUUACUGAGAUUCAAAAGAUAGCUACUUUCAAUCAAUUAUAUUCCAUAUUUAAGGACAAACUCAUUUGAAAAAUAAAAUUAAUUUGAAUAAAAAGACACAAUCUUUGUGCGAAUAAAUUACUUUUCACAGUAAGGUCCAAAAAGAAGUUAUCUUUCAAAUGAAUUUUGAACUAAGAAUUUACUAAUAAAAAAUGUUAAAAUUCUCUGGACCCUGUAAAUCUUGACAUUGUAAUUUUAAGUAGGUUCAUUUCCAUUUGCACAGAAAGUUUUUGUCUUUAGGAAACUGAAAAUGGAAUACUGUGGAUAUUAUGACUGUUAGUCUUAUGUGUAAAUAGGAAAUUGAUAAGCUAUCUAUUGAGUGGUAUAGUUGGAUGCUUACCCAAAAAGAGAAUACUGUGGUUAGGACUUGUAUAUAAAGUUUCUGUAGUUAAUAAAGUUAUUUUUAUAACCAUGAUUAUAUUGUUAUUAUUCUUAAUAAUAAUAAAAUAUUUUAUCAAAACGUU